ACUUUGGCUUUUAAGGAAAUAAGAUUUGUAAUAUUAGUAACGGGAAGAACGCAGCAGUGAGUAAAUUGUUGCUUGGAAACCUUGCAAUAUUAUUACCGUCACAUUCAGGAAUCAUUGAGGAUACUCGAGGAAUAUGGUAUAUCGCAGAUGUGUUUGCCCUAGAGCCUUUAGCGGUUAGCCAAGAAAAUCAUUUUGGUCAUCCAGAGGACUCAUUAGCCUUUGUGCGUUCAGUCGGAAACUGAACGACAUAUAAAAUACCUACUGUUUAAAUCGCAGUCCAGAACUAGGUGCAGUUAUACUCAGAGCUGAAGAGGCCUUGAUAGUUAUUUUCGUACUCUUUCUAUGGGCUGCGGCAAUUGCAUUAUUCUUCAAUCGAUGGGGCAAGAUAAGAAUGUUGGAACCAUCUCAACCGAAAUUCCUGCCACAAGACGAACAAAAUUGUACCACGAUUGAACAAAAUCAACUACAGAGAUGCUUGACCCGAAUGCAGCUAUCUUACAUCAUUUUCCACCAAAUCGAGAACCGACGCACAUUCUCGAAAUGCAAUAUUCUUUGCGAAGAGUGUCCAAUAAAGCACGACUCGAACUACGCUUUGGGACAAAUGAGACCGAGGCAAAACAGUGCGUUCAUUGGUUCCAGCGUGUCCUUUCUCCCAGGUGGCGGAGGUACAGCGCGUCGCACGAAAAGCGCGUUCGACCUUCAAUUUUCCGUGUUUACGGAAAAUAACACGCUCGACUCCUUCAGUGAACAGGAUACUUUAAAGAAUUUUAAGCCGGCCUGCGAUUCCACGAAAUUAUUGCUAGACGAACGAAAGACAAGCGUCUAUCAGCUGGACAAAACCGGGACAACCAAAUCUUUUUGUCGAAACAGAGGAAUAAGUGUUUGUCAAUUCGAUACUUCGCCAAAAUUAUGGCAACGAGAUCGUGGAAUGAGCAUCUGCCAGUUCGAUAGGAUGGAGGUUCUCGCCAGGCCAUUGCAGAGAGAUCGCGGUGGAAGUAUCUGUCAAUUCGACAGAAUGGACGUAUUAGCCAGAUCACUGCAGAGAGAUCGCAUAGGUAGUGCUUACCAUUUUGACAGAAUGGAUGUGUUGGCCAGACCUAAUGUAACUCUUGAUAAAUUCUUGUUGAGAGAAAAACGCGUUAGUAUGUGCAACCUUUUGGGAAAAAAUGAGAAAACGACAGAAGGAAUUCAAAUGGAACGGCAUUUAAGCAACGGCAACGUUGGGAAAAUCGGGGAAAAAGAUACAUCGGGCGAGGAAGAGAGAGGCAGGAUUAUGGCGGAGGAACAAAAGACAUUUAUUAAGCAAAUACCCAAAGAGAAGAAAAAUAGCUUUUGUCGAUCGAACCAACCAUCUUGCAGCCAAACUUCUGAUACUGCAUUUGGAUAUAAAGGUACUUGCGUGUAGCGUGAGAACUUGUAGAAUUCGUCAAGGAAGAGCUGCAAUUGUGUGACACAAUUUCCAAGAUAAUGGUUUUGUUCGGAAACGAUCUCAAGAUUGACAUUCUUGCGAAUAUAUCAUACAUAUGUAUGUAUAUAUAACGAAUUAAUUACUCGUUUUGAACAGAAUUAACAUUGUAUUUAAAUAUUAAGUAUGUAUAUUGCUUUUGAUAUGAACACUUUCAGUUCGCUUAUAUUGUUUCCUGUAAAUGAAAUGUUGGACAAAUUUCUAAGAGAAACAUGAAAUUAAAUAUUGUACAGAAUAACCCAGGUCAGUAUUUUACCAAAUUAUUAAAAAACAAAUAUCUUACACGUAUUUUUAAAUUUAUAAGGAGGAACGACUCGUUACUGAACGAUCGUACUAAAUUUAUAUGAAAAAAUUAUAUAAUCUGUACAGCUAACAGCUAAAAAAUAUUUUGUCAGGAUAAAAAAAUGUCAUGGAAAUAGAUGAAAACUACAAAUUACAAUAAAAUUCAAGGAAUUAAAAAAUAAUGAUAAUAAACAACGUGAUAAUCUGUCUUUCAAAUAUAGAGGAAAGAUACAAAUAUCUCGUAUUUUAUUUAUUCUUUCGAAUUUUUAUUAUGUUAUUCGAAUUCAUUCUUAUCCUAUUGUAUAUUUAUCCAUUAGUGAUGAAUAACAUUUGAUUUAUCAUUUUUAUUCGAAUUUUCAGUAUCCAAAUAACUUUUUUACUAUAUCUUACUAUCCCUUACUAUAAUGUAAUAAUGUAAUAAUUUGAAGUGCGAGUACUAAAUGAUAACAGUUGCAACGUUGUAAAUAAGUAGUUGACCGGAUUUAUAAAGAAAGAUAUUCUUUUAAGCAUUGCAAUUUAUACUUCUUUUCUCAAAUGAAAUAUAUUUACUAAAAUCUACUAUAGUUUUAGUCUUCAGCUAUUAAAGUGAAAGAUAUUCAAAGAAUAUUCGAUUUCAAAAACUACAGCGAGUCACGAAUAAAGCAACUAAUCAUAUUCAAAAUCAUAUAGUAAAGGUAUUGUUGAAAAGAGAAAUUGAAUAUACUAAAUAUUCUGCCGUCUUCCAUAUAAAUUUAUUACAAAAAAAUUUUAAUUUAUUAUUUAGUUACAAUGCAUCCAUUUAUAACUGUCAUCUACUGAAAGACUAGCUAUUAAAUGUUGUACGGGAAAGCCGUUUUAUAUUUCCAAGUCAACCGUGUUUUAUAUCUCACAAAAAGCAACAUCUACAUAUUCGAGAAUGGCAAUAUAUUUUUAAAUGUAAACUACUGUUAAGCAAGUGCUACUUGUAUAAUUAUCGAAAAGAUAAGUUAUCCAUUGAUUUAUGUUAUUAUUUACUUUUUUCUAUGUAAUUUAUGUAUAAUUUGAGACCACUUCUGCAAAAAGAACCUUGAUAACCUUAUAUCACUAUAUAUAAUUAGCUAUUUAUAUAAUUUAUAGCAUUUAAUUUCCGACAGUCUAGGAGUAAUAAAGUUUCAUCUCUUCAAUUGUAGAAAAACCUGGAACUUUAACAUUCUUCGAUCGUCUAAAACCUCCAUUUUCCAUCAAAUAUGUUUUUGAAUUAGAAAAGUUCGUUUGCGAUAGAUAAAUAAUCUUUAUCACUAAUUGUAUCUAUAUAAAAUCUAAAUUUGUGAGUCUUCUCAAGCGCAAUAAGUAUUAUUAAGUUUUACUGCAAAAUAUUACAUCGUUUACACAGAAUUAAUCACAUUUAUUGCAAAAUUUCAAAGUUUAAUAUAUAAUAAUAAAUAAUAAUAAUAUAGUGCAAUUUUUCAGCGUUUCUUUAUUAAAAUCAAAAAUCAAAUUAAAACUUAAGAAAAAUAUUCCUCGGGCCCAGCAAACUUCUCUACACGAACCUAUGGAGCAUCCUAUGCACGAGAGC